AUGAAGCAAAGAGACGAUAGAAGCGACACUUCUGGUGCAUCACCAAAAAUUAAAGUAGAGAGACUUUCUCCAAGACUUGAAACAGAACCAUUAUCAAUAGUUCCGGAUUCAAGAUGUGUUCGCGAUUGGCUUUCUUCGUUACCACCUACAAAUCCAUCAAAUGGCACAGGUUCAACAAGUUCAACAGCUAUUGCUAAUAUUCAAGACACUUAUGCUGAUUCACAAAACGAUUCUGACGAUAAAAAUACAGAGGAUAGAGAACAUGUUAACAACCAGGAGUUAAAUGUUAUUGUAACAAGUCAAAUAUUUGAGCCAAAGAAUGCCUUUGUUCCUAACGAUAUCGUCGUGAAAGAAGAACCGAUUGAUAACGGACUCAAUCAAAUCUCAAAACGCCGUACUGCAGUGAGAAAGUUAGACCAUCCACAGAUUAUGGAUGAGGAGAUCUUACAGAAAGUUAAAGAAAAGGCUCUUAAAGCAUAUAAUGCAUAUAUGGAUCUCAAUUCUAUAUUAUCACCGGAUAUGGAGAUCGUUAUAGAUCUUCCCAAGCAUGUCGAUAGGCACGCCAUUCAUCGGUUGACGGGGCUCCCUUAUACUAAGCAACAACGGACCUAG